CAGCGACAUAACCAAGACAUAACCUAAUGUACACGUAGCUAAAACAGCUUCGAGCUGCGUAAUUUUUACCUUGUUGUUACUAUUGUAGUGUUGACAAAUCUAUAUUGUAGAUUAGUGACUGUUUUUUGUUUUUAAUUGUUAAAGUAAAAAUGUUUCAAAGUUUACGCUAUUGUAGGUUUAGUGUUAAUAAUCUCAUAACUUUAAGGACAAAAUUUUAUCACAAUGUUUCUGUUAUCGGUACUCCACAAGAUACAACUUCUUCAACUUACCAGGAAAAUUAUGCACAAAUGAAAGUUUUGGUGGAUGAAUUGAAGACGACUACGAGUAAAAUAGUGGAUGGAGGUGGUCGUAAAGCAAAGGAGAAGCAUGUAAGCAAAGGGAAAUUGUUACCUCGUGAUAGAAUAAACAUUCUACUCGAUAAAAACUCUCCAUUUCUUGAAUUUUCCCAAUUAGCUUGCUAUCGGAUGUACGAAAAUGAAGAGGUACCGGCGGCAGGAAUUAUCACAGGCAUCGGAAGAGUCGAAGGAACUGAGUGCGUGAUAGUAGCAAAUGACGCGACAGUUAAAGGAGGGACUUAUUAUCCUAUGACAGUGAAGAAGCACUUGCGUGCCCAAGAAAUUGCUCAAGAAAAUAGGCUACCGUGUUUAUAUCUAGUAGACAGCGGCGGAGCUAAUUUGCCUCGACAGGCAGAUGUCUUUCCAGAUAAAACGCACUUCGGGAGAAUUUUUUACAAUCAGGCAAACAUGAGCGCUGCAGGAAUCGCUCAAAUUGCUGUCGUGAUGGGCAGUUGCACGGCAGGAGGCGCAUACGUGCCUGCAAUGUCCGAUGAGAAUAUAAUUGUCGACAGGCAGGGGACGAUUUUUCUCGCCGGACCACCUCUCGUUAAAGCCUCGACCGGCGAAGAAGUGACGGCCGAGGAUUUGGGUGGAGCGUCGCUUCAUUGUCGUAACUCGGGCGUGACGGAUCAUUUAGCAGUGGACGACACUCACGCCCUUCAUCUCACACGUCGAAUCGUGAAGAACCUGAACCGCAGCCGAAGAAUGGACUUGAAACCGGACCAGAAUAUUGAGUUACCGUUACACAACGUGGACGAGAUUUAUGGUAUUGUUGGUGCGAACCUGAAGCGUCCCUUCAACGUGAAGGAAGUAAUUGCGAGGGUCGUCGAUCGCUCCGAAUUUCACGAAUUCAAGGCGGAAUAUGGAGAGACACUGGUCACUGGAUUUGCGAGAAUUCACGGCUACCCAGUGGGAAUUGUCGCUAAUAAUGGUGUCCUCUUUUCGGAGAGUGCACUUAAAGGCGCACAUUUCGUGGAGCUUUGCGCACAAAGGAAGAUUCCUCUCAUUUUCUUGCAGAACAUAACCGGUUUCAUGGUCGGUCGCGACGCGGAGGUUGGGGGCAUCGCAAAAAACGGAGCGAAAAUGGUGACUGCAGUGGCCUGUGCUCAAGUUCCGAAAAUCACUGUCAUUAUCGGCGGAUCAUAUGGGGCUGGCAAUUACGGAAUGUGCGGCAGGUCGUACUCACCGAGGUUCCUCUAUUGUUGGCCGAAUGCCAGAAUUUCGGUGAUGGGGGGCGAACAGGCUGCGGGAGUGUUGGCGCAGGUGAAGAAAGAUCAGCGACUCAAGGAGGGCAAAGAGUGGACCCAAGAGGAGGAAGACUCGAUCAAAAAUCCAAUUAUUCAGAAGUUCGAGGAAGAAAGUAGUCCUUAUUACUGUAGUUCAAGACUCUGGGAUGACGGAGUGAUCGAUCCAGUCGACACGAGAACCGUCUUGGCUCUGAGUUUAUCCGCUGCGCUCAAUGCACCAAUCCCAGACACGAAGUUUGGCAUCUUUAGAAUGUAAAAAGCAAAUAUUUUCUAUAAUAUAUAUAUAUAUAUUUUCGCAUCUAUAAGUGCGACGGCUGUUACUUUGUUACAAGUUUGACAAAGAUUUAUAUUUUUUAUAUUCGAUUUGGAACAUUCCAGAAAUAUACAUUUUAACGGAA